AUGCCGAAAUCACGUAAAAAAAAUGGUACUUCAAAGAAUGUAACCUCUUCCGGCGAACCAAUACCAUUACUUGAUAGUAUUCGCACACAAAUACAGGCACCUGACGAACUAAACCAUGAUAUUGAAUCAGCUAGAGAUAAUGAUAAAGUAUCAACAGCCGGUUGGCAAUGUGAUAUUAAAGAUUGGUCUGGUCAAAAAGCAUCAAACUAUGAACUAGAUGCGUUUCCUCAAACGAUCCGUUCUCUUGAACGAAAACAUGAACAGUCAAAAAAUAUAUUAUUUCGAAUGACGAACAUAACCACUGCUGUCAAUGAAAAUAAAUUGGAAACUAAGCAAGAAAUUAAUGAUCAGAUGAAAAUGAAAUUAUGUAAAAAUAUUGAUAUAUUAAAAUUAACUGCUGUUGUAACUGAUCUUAUCACAGGUCAACGUGACGAAUCGGCGUAUAAAGAUUUUUUAUCAAUACUUCAAAUUUUCUCUGUAAAUGAAUUGCGUGAUGAUCAUCUGGAAGAAACUAUUUAUCAUUUAAUACAAGCAGCAGUCAGUUUCAUACGUUCAAACGAAGCAAGAUUCGAUUCUACGAAACUUCAAGAAUGCUAUCGACAACGAUGUAUCAUGAAAAUGAAUGCUUUGAAAUAA